UGGGGUGUGAUACCUUAGAUGGAAAGGUAGUCCCGCAUUACCUUACUGUCUCGCACGCACAAGACUAGGGGCUGUUCAUUGAACCUUCAUGCUUCAGCCCUGUUAGGCUACUUGGGUUGAAAAGAUGGGGUUCUAUACCUCUAGAUUUGUAGUUUCUCUUUUCUUUGUCUUAUGGAUUUGCAGUACGCAGGGGCAGAACGUUCCAACUGAAAUAGACGAGUCAUUAAAAGGUCAACCAGGUGAAAAAGGAAGCAAAGGAAGAGGGGGUGAUCAAGGUCCCCCCGGACCAAGGGGUGAUACUGGAGAAGCUGGAGAUGAUGGUACUGAGGGGCCUCCUGGGCCUGCUGGUCCUCCAGGGUCUCGAGGACCUCCUGGACCCCCUGGACCUCCUGGUAACCCUGUGAUCACUGUAAUUGGUAUCCCUGGAGUACCGGGAAGAAUGGGAGAGAAAGGUCCUCCUGGAAGAGACGGCCCACCAGGUCUCCCUGGAGAAAUUGGUUCACCUGGCCCUCCGGGAAUUCGAGGAUUAGAGGGAAACCCAGGACCUCCUGGUAUAAUUGGUAUAUCAGGUCGUAAUGGGAUGAAUGGAACAACAGGCCCACCAGGAUUAACAGGUCCACCUGGUACACCAGGAGCCCCGGGUGAAAGAGGAGUAGGAGGACCCAAAGGUCAACCUGGGCCAAAAGGUGAUCGAGGAUUUGCUGGAAGGAAAGGCCCAAAGGGUACCAGGGGUAAUCCUGGCCAAAAGGGUUCACCAGGUUUUCCUGGUGUAGCAGGAAGGAAUGGAAGUGAUGGAGAUCCGGGUGCUCAAGGACUACCUGGACCUGAUGGCCCUGCAGGACCACCAGGAACAACAGGAGAUACUGGAGCUGAAGGACCUCCUGGUGCACAGGGACCCCAAGGUGUGGCAGGCACAGCAGGUGCACCAGGAGCUGCUGGUCAGAAAGGUUCAACAGGAGACCCAGGUUUAGAAGGAGAGCGUGGCAAACAGGGUUUACCCGGUCAACCAGGGCCACAGGGUCCUGCUGGUGAUCCAGGAGAACCUGGUCAGGAUGGUGCAGAUGGUGCUGAAGGACAGAAAGGAGAACAGGGUGACAGUGGACCAACUGGACCACAAGGCUUACCUGGAGCCCCAGGAAAAACGGGUAGUCCUGGUCUAGAUGGAACCCAAGGUGCGCCCGGGUCACAGGGUGAGACUGGACCCCCAGGACCUCCAGGGCUUUCUGGUCAGAGUGGCUCAAGGGGAGAUGAAGGUCCCAGGGGUGUAAAUGGACCACGAGGUCCACGAGGACGACAAGGAAAGCGAGGCAAACCAGGACAGAUGGGAGCCCCUGGAGAACAAGGUGCCCCGGGACAGCGUGGCCCUCCAGGCUCCAUGGGCCCAGCAGGAUUACCAGGAGCAGAUGGAAGUGUUGGAGAACCGGGAAAUUCUGGCAAAAAUGGACAAAAAGGAGAACGGGGACCUGAUGGUAUUGCUGGAGAGGAUGGUCUAGCUGGUCCAAGGGGAGCUCCAGGGGCACCUGGUGAUCCAGGAGGUGAUGGAAGAGAUGGUGAAAAGGGUGCAAGAGGAAAAGACGGUGAACCUGGCAAAGCAGGACCACCGGGACCUCCAGGACCUAACGGUGGCAUUGGAGUUUCUGGCCAAAAGGGAGAACAGGGUGCACCGGGCAAGGCUGGAGGAUCUGGUCCUCCUGGCUCAAGAGGCCCUCCGGGUGCUUCUGGUGAAUAUGGUGCAAUGGGGGAGCAAGGAACGCCAGGAGCUGAUGGCAUCAAAGGAGAAAAAGGAAAACCAGGGGAGAAUGGAUUAGAUGGAACACCUGGAGAACGUGGUGAAAGAGGACCAGAAGGUCCCCAGGGUAACUCUGGUGCAGCAGGUCCUCCAGGUCGCCCUGGAGUACCAGGGUCCCCUGGAAGCAAGGGAGACAGGGGCCCUCGUGGAGCCCCAGGAACGCCAGGAUCUGCUGGUGAGAAUGGAGCAGAUGGUCCAACAGGACCUCCUGGACCUCCCGGGCCAAUGGGUGAACAAGGUGAACAGGGAUCUCCUGGGGAUAGUGGCGAACCUGGGCCUGAUGGUGAUGUUGGGCCAAUUGGACCCCCUGGAUCUCCUGGACAGCCGGGAACCGCUGGUUCCAUCGGAAGACCUGGUUCCUCUGGACCACCCGGAGAAGGUGGAUCUCCAGGACCUAUCGGACUUCUCGGACCGGAGGGACCACCAGGUCCAGAUGGCGAGAGAGGACUGGACGGCCCAAAGGGUGAUCCGGGUGAGCCUGGUGCCGACGGCAAGCAAGGUUUAGCUGGUCAAUCUGGUCAAGAUGGACGACCUGGAGCUCGAGGAAAACCAGGAGAAACAGGCAGGCGGGGACCUUCAGGCCCUCCUGGUCCUCCUGGGCCAAGAGGAGAUGCGGGGUCAUCAGGAGGAGAAGGUGCUCGUGGUCCUCAAGGACCUCCUGGCAGCAAAGGACCACGGGGAGAAGCUGGUGAACCAGGUCAGAACGGAGUCGAUGGUUCGCCAGGAGAAGGGGGUCGCCCAGGACCUCCGGGCUCUCGGGGAAAACCUGGAUUCCCUGGCACAGAUGGAACGCCUGGUCAAGCCGGUGCCCCGGGUAACCCGGGUCGGCGCGGACAAAAGGGUGAUAGAGGAUUCUCGGGGCUUGAUGGAGAUGAUGGUGCACCAGGACCUCGCGGAGGACCUGGGCAGAGAGGUUCCAUGGGAGACCGUGGACCAGUUGGAAGACAGGGCGCUCCAGGCGAGAAUGGCCCAGACGGUGAACGAGGACUUGGUGGUAGUUCUGGACCGAUAGGAGCGAAAGGAGUUCGUGGACUCCAGGGAAGCAAGGGAGAGAAGGGUGUACGUGGUAUGCAGGGCUCGCCUGGACGCGUAGGUCUCCAAGGCCGACUGGGAAAGCCAGGAAUCCCAGGCUUCAACGGAGAUUCAGGACCACCAGGAACCACGGGAGACCCAGGCCCUCCUGGUGAACCCGGACAGGAUGGUUUCCAGGGCCUACCGGGCCCAAAUGGAGCCAAAGGAACUAGAGGAAGACCGGGCCCAAGGGGAUUCGGGGGAACACCAGGGAAACAGGGAUCCCCGGGACCUCCAGGAGAACGUGGUGAACCUGGCUAUCCAGCUCCCAGACAAAUACGUACGAGCGUUGGUGGUCCACCCAAGGGUCCAGGCGGCCCCGGACCAGGACCUAUUGAGGAGGAGACUGAGGAGGAAUCGCCUGAAGGAAGGAAACGACGAUCAGCUGUAUCCGAGGAGAUGCGAGUUUUGGACCGUAUCGCCGAGCUUUCCCAGAAGAUGUAUGAUGUGGAACACCGUGACAAUUCACGGUAUUUCCCUGCCAAAACUUGUAGAGAUCUUCAGCUGUGUCACUCUGGUAUUAGACUCAAAGAUGGCGAAUAUGAUAUCGACCCCAAUGGUGGAUCUCCAAAUGACCAGAUCACUGUACACUGUAAUUUUACCAACCAAGCUACUUGCAUCAGGCCUAAAAUGACAAAGAUUCCCAAGAGUACCUGGAAAACCCAAGUAGAUCCUAGGAUGAAAGUCGCAUGGUUUUCUGAGGACCUAAAUAAUGAGAACAAGAUUGAAUACGAUAUUGAUGACAUCCAACUGUACCAUCUACAACUGCGUAGUAACCACGCCCAACAGGAGUUCACCUUCAAAUGUAAAAACUCGGUGGCCUGGUACGACCAAAGCGCCCGCACUUUUAAGAAAGCGGUUAAAUUUGAGGGUGUGAACGGCCACGAGUUUAGCUCCAAAUCCAAAUCAAAGAAAGCCAUGAUCAAGGUUCCCAAUGACGGUUGCAAGGUGAAGGAUGGAUCUCAACGCAGCACCCAAUUUGUUGUUACAACCACACAAGCCUCCCGGUUGCCGAUUGUUGACUUUGCUGCGUACGAUUUAGCUGGAGAACUAGAAGUUGAAAUUGGUGAAGUUUGUUUCUGGUGAACUAUGUAUAAUAACUAGGGAUCGUCCCGCCAUAUUUUAUUAAAUAAAACUGGACCUCAGCUUGACGACUGUGGAUGGCGACUGACUUUUUUUAGCGAUAUUAGCUUCGUUUUGCGGAGGAAAGAUUCUUUAUGAAUAAAUGUUGUAGCGCGUUUUAGAGAGAACUUGUGCAUUGUUAUGUUGUGUAGACUCCCAUAAGAGUCAUCUGUAGUAAAUAAAAGAUUAAUGAGGCGGGAAAUUGUUAGAAGAAAAGUUUUUAAAUAUUUCAGAUCAAAGAUUGAUUGUAAUACCAAACAAUACCAAGCGUAUUCGUUGUGUUGUAAGCCCCAAUUUCUAACAACUGGUUAGAUUGUAAACACAAGUAAAAUGUGCUACCAAGAAACAAGGUUUCUCAGUGAAAGUUCUUAUCGUCGUCUUAAUUUAUAGCCCAUAGAUUCAACAGCAACCAGCACAACUGGAAGUGUUUCUAUAUUUGAGUUUCGUUAGUUUUCAGUUUUAUCAUAACUUGUAUGAACGAGAUUUUUUUUUUUUGCAAUACAUUUGAAAUUGACAUUAAAUUCUUUCAAGGA